GUAAAAUUAAGACAUAAUCAAAAAAUGUCUGGAGAACCAUUAAACAUUGUUCGAUUCGUAAACUCAAAAGUUGAGUAUGAUAAAGGAGCUUUAGAAGGAUUAUUGCUGCAUCCUGAUGUGAAGGAUCGAAAGCUAAUUUUCAUUUCCAUUGUUGGUGCUUUCAGACGUGGUAAAAGUUUCUUUCUUGGCUACUGUCUGAGAUAUUUGUAUGCUCAUUACAAAUCAAUCAAAAAUCCUCACAACUUAAUCAAUAAUCCGAAUUGGAUGGGAGCUGCUGAUACUCCAUUGCAAGGAUUUACAUGGCGUUCAGGAACUCAAAGAGACACAACAGGAAUUAUAUUCUGGUCUGAUGUCUUCCUUGUUGAUCUUCCAAAUGGAGAAAAGGCUGCAAUGAUUAUUGCUGAUUCUCAAGGACUUUUUGACACUGAGACAUCAACUGCUGACAAUUCCAAGAUCUUUUCACUUGUCACUUUGAUGACAUCGAUGGAAAUCCUCAACCUACAAGGAAUUAUUCAGGAAGAUCACUUACAAUAUCUACAGUUCGCUACUGAAUAUGCGAAAUUCACAACUAAUCAGUCAGGACAGAGUCAAAAGCCAUUCCAAAAUUUCAUGUUUCUUAUCCGAGACUGGAGCAAUCCCGAUGAAUAUCCAUUUGGAUAUGAAGGUGGUCGGAAAUAUCUUGAUGAAAUUCUUGUCGUUAAGCCACAUCAUCCAGCAGAGUUGAAAUCAGUUCGGGAAUAUAUAAAAUCAUCAUUUGAUAAACUGACUUGUUCCUUAUUGCCAUAUCCAGGUAAAACUGUUGCUCGAGACUCAAAUUAUGAUGGUCGAUGGGCUCCAAUGGAUGAAGACUUUUUGAAUGAGCUAAAAUUGUUGAUUCCAAAACUUUUGUCAGUCGAACAUUUGACGACGAAGAAAAUCAAUGGAAUCGACAUGACUGGCGCUUUAGCAAAUGAGUACUUCCAGCAGUUUUUAAAUAUUUUCCAAUCAAGCACUGUUGUUCAACCGCAGUCAAUUUAUGAGACCACAAUUGACAAAUUUAUGACAUCACUUGUGAAUCGCUGCUUUGAUAUUUACAAGAACUUUGUCAAUAACUCAGUCAAUGGAAUUCAGAAUGAGGAUCAGAUCAACAAUGUCUUUAAUACAUCAAAAGGCUCUGCAAUGUCAACAUUUGAUAAUGAGAAGAAAAUGGGAAGUCCAGCACAUGCUGCAAAUUAUCGAGCAAUUCUUAACACUAGAAUUGACAAUGAUUCUGUCGGAUGGAAAGGAACUACAAUGGCGAAAAUUCUAAAAGUUCGUGAAGAUCAAAGAAGAGCUGAAGAAGCAGCACGAGAAGCUGCAAGGUUACAAAGAGAACGAGAAGAACAAGAAAGAUUAGCAAGAGAACGACAAGCUCAGCUUGAAAGGGAAGCAGCAGAAAGAGCAGCCGAAGCUGCACGACAAGCUGAGAUUCUGAGACAACAACAACUUGCGAUCCAAGCUGAACAGGAAAGACAACGACUAGCUGAGGAACAAAGGCAAAGAGAAAUUGCAGAACAACAGAGAAUCGAAGCUGAAAGAGCUGCUGAGGCUGAAAGGAAUCGCCCAAGAAAAAGGAAGAAGAAGUGCUCUAUUAUGUAAGUUGGAAUGGAUUGGAUUAUAUUGACGAAUAAAAG